AUGGUCACAACCAUUCACAUGCUUAGUGAAUAUUUCAGGGAGCCGAAACCAAAGAAAGAAGAGGAGCAAGAGGAGGAACCACUAUGGACAGACAGGCCCUUGCAUGUGACUCAACCUGAAGCUUCAUCUUGGACUGCUGCUGUGCCAUCCUCAGUGAAAGGUCUCCUUGGAUCAUGUGUGGUGAUCCCCUGCUCUUAUAACUACCCAGAACCAUCAAAAAGCCCCCAGACCUUCACGGGGAUUUGGUACAAUGACAAUGAUCAAGUCGUCUGUCAUUCUGAUGCAUCUCAAACUCUGGAUCAGUUUCGGAAUAGGACAAAGCUGCUGGGAGACCUCAGCAAGAAGAAUUGUUCUCUGAUGAUUGAUGAUCUUCAACAAAGUGAUGGAGGGACUUUUUAUUUUCGGAUUGAAAUCACAGACUAUGACAAGUACUCCUACAAAAAUAACAAAGUCUCUAUUUCUUUUGUUAACACAGGUCAACCUGAUUUAUCUGUGCAAGAGGAAGUAAAGGAGGGUGAGAAUAUGUCUGUAUCCUGCUCCGUGUUUCACUCCUGCCCCACAUAUCCACCUUCUUUCAUCUGGAGUCACUCUGGAGAGCAGCACGAUCAAACACAGCAGCUUCAUGAAGGCCAGUGGAAUUCAACAUCUACUCUGACCUUUCACCCAAACCGCUCUGAUCCCAACAAGCCUUUAAAAUGCAAAAUAACAUACCAUCGAGGGCUGCACCAGGAAACAUCUAAGAUACUUCAAGUAAAAUCUGCCCCUGACAUCAAGACUUCCUCAAAGUGCUCCUCUGAGAACGGCAUCAUAAAGUGUGACUGUAUCGUAGAGUCUGAGCCUCCCAGCAUGGUCUAUUUUAUUUUUGGUGACAGAGUCAUGCAAAGCAGCAAAGUAGACAUGAAUGGCUCUGUUACUACUGGGACUCUGCAGACAGACUUUGGGUCUUUCAGGCGUGUGCAGUGCCUGGCAAACAACGUGGUGGGAUAUGACAACAUCUUGCUCUCUUUACCUGUUAAUGGUAAGAAAGACUUGGGAUGCACUGAUCUCUCUGUUUUUACAUGA